GUAAAGAAGAGUUCUUCAGCUUUUUCUACAGUUGAACCGUCAACCGUGUGUUGCAGUGGAAACUAAUCGCCAUCCCCCAACAGCUCUCCACAUUCCAGCACUCCUCCUUUCGCUGAGCCCGGUUCUCCACCUAUUACCACCAGCCGUGGGCGGCGCCACCCACAAAAAUGCUGCCCGGCGGUAGACGAGCCGGCUCCCUGGCCGCUGCGCUAGAGGAAGAACGUCUCGAACUCGCUGCAGAGCAGCAACGCAGCCCGUCCGCAAGUCGCAACAAAAGCUCGGCCUACGCACCCCCAAGACGAAGUAUUCUCGAUACCGCCACGACUCCCUCUCCCGGGUAUAUGGCCCCACGGCAUGGUUCCAUUGCGGGCAUUGGUGUUGGCGUGACUCCGCCCGCUGGACGCGGCUACCCAGAUACCUCUCCAUCAUCAACGCCGGGGGCAAAUGAGUCCAAUGAAACACCAUCAUCCUCGACCUCUACGACACCGUCAACUACGCCCGUCACGACUCCCAAGCCACCGUACACCAACCUCAAAACCGCCCCACCUCCCCUCAAGCGUCCCGAUCCGCCAGCAUCCAACAAGGGAAAGAGCGCUGAUACGAAAAAUAACCUCCCUGAAGCAAGACGGCCAAGUAUUCGUUGGGACUCCGGAGUUGAUAUGCCACCAAGCGCAAAUGGCUCGAGGCGCCUCGGCGCGCAGGGACAAGAAAAGGCGCCAAGAGCGCUCGGAAAGGGCGCAAUGGCAGCGGUGAUGUCAGGACUUGACCUCAAGGUCGGCUUGCCGGGUUUUUCCAGAGGACGGGAUUGGAGUCGGAACAACUCAAAGAGGGGUGCAUCUCUAGACUCGCACCUUCCCUCUGCUGCCCGUAGAGCACAAUCCGGCUCGCCCGCUCGCCGUGUACCGAAUUCCAACCUUCGCAGUUCCGUGCGUGAGACAUCUAAACCGGCGGUUGAUGAUAAGAAAGAGAGCAAACCCGAACCGGUUGAAGAGAAAAAUCUUAAUCCUCCCCCAGUUCGUCGCGGUUCUUCAGAAACCGAUGCUAGAGCUUCUGCGUCUGGAGAUGAGCGAUUGUACGACAGUGACAAUAACCGGUCUGAGACCAGCGACGAAGAAGAGCUGUCUUCGAGCGACGACGAAACUAGUUCUGAAAAUACUAGUGAAGACCUAAAGCGAGGCCGAAAGAAAGUUUCCGAUCGCGAUUCUUCCAGCGGAGGGGAUACAGCAGAGGAUUCAAAACCUGCUUCAGACGAGACAGACGCCGAGCAACCUAAACACGACGGUCCGGAACUGAUACAUUCUGGAAAGACAGGCCCGAUGCCGAAGACUCCUGAGGUUCAACUGCAGACCAAUUUUGAUCCUCCUUCGGUUAUCAACACACCCUUUGGCUCUGACGAUGAGGCCGAGUUGAGCGAUAUUAAACGAGCCCAGCAGCUUAGCAUUCAGAUGUCGAGUGUUGACAACUCUGUUCGCAACCGAUCCAUACGCACUAUCAUUCGUGGGGACUACGCCAACUUACAAGAAGAUGCCGAAGGAGGUCGACGGCGGCAACGAAAAUACCUAGUUACCACGGAUCUUAGUGAAGAGUCUGUCUACGCGCUGGAGUGGACAAUUGGAACCAUCCUGCGUGAUGGUGACACCAUGUUUGCGGUUUUUGCCAUGCAUGAGGAAACCGGCACCCAAAUCGGCGAAGGCGCGAAAGCAACGCAGGACGUUGCCGCGGUCGUGGGAUCUCAAACGGCUGAAACCGCUCAGAAAUCUCAGAACGAAGCCGCCAACCCGAACCUACCUCGAGCUCUUUUCAAUCGCCUAGGGUCAGGGACCGAUAGCAGGCCCAGCUCAGUAGAUGCUCGGGCAAUGUCCAAGGCGGAAGCUGAACGGUCCCAUGCUGUUCAGAUCAUCUCUCAAACCUGCGUUCGACUCCUGCGAAAAACGCUCCUGCAGGUUCGGAUUGCCGUGGAAGUUAUCCACUGCAAAAGUCCUAAGCAUAUGAUCACGGAAGCUAUUGAUGGGCUUGAGCCUACACUCGUUAUCGUCGGGGCUAGAGGACGGAGUGCACUAAAAGGUGUCCUACUGGGAUCAUUUUCCAACUAUCUUGUCACACAUUCUUCUGUCCCAGUCAUGGUCGCACGGAAGAAGCUAAAGAAGAAGGCGAAGAACAAGACGCAUAUCCGGCUUUCCAACAAUCUGACGACGCCAAAGAAACUGUCAACGGCGAGGGUAGACUAGUUAAAUGCUGUAUUGCAGGUGCUAUGACGACAAUGAUGAUCUGGCUGGCGCAUAAACGGGGCGGGAUGGCUACUUAUCUUAUUACACUCCUCUGAUAUGAAUUUCUGAAUUUGUAUGAUAAUAUUGAUCUUAUCACGAAUGAGACGAAAUGACGAGAAGCUCGUG